GAUGGGUAUGAUCAUGAGUUUCAUGGGAAAAGGUUUGCCAACGCAGCAGAUGCUGGGCUUGGUGAUCGGAACACUUCACAGACAGUUCGUAGAGAAGGAGAUCAAAACUUUUGAGGAAUUCCAUAUGGCAAUUCUUGAUACCUUCAGCACUGUCAAUGCUGCAUUGCCUGGUAAACAUUAUGAUACUCCUUCCCCAAAGGAAGUUGAGGAAUGUUUCAGAGAAUGGAAGGGGGCAGACGAAUCAGAGAAGAAGAGAGUUUUCACUGAAUUCAUGAAGAAGAAGGUGAAUCUCAGCAAGCUGGAUGAUUCCACCCUCAUAACUGGAAUAUUGACACCUCCGGCUGCUAUGGCGGCCAAGAGAGCCAGUGAGAGUGUCCCACAGCUAAAGCUCAUCAAGGCCAUCCCUGAUGUCAUUUUCAUUCCAUCAGCCACCGUGCUGGCUCUCAUUUCCGCCAAGAUAUCCAGGAAGAUGUUUCUUAGUAAUGUCGCAUCAUAAAUUUACAAGCAAAAUGCAGAAUUUGAUUGAUCUAUUGCCACUAUAUUCUCAUACUUAUCCAACAUUAAGUAGUUCAACUAUGUAAGUUCUAGGGACAUCAGAAUUAUUACUAAAGUUGAAAUUUACAUAAAUUUGCCAUAAAAAUUAUACUAUGGAAUACACGUUCCUUGAAAGGUAUAUGCAGAUUUAUCAAUUUCUACAAGGCAUCGAUAUGUGAGAUGCAUAGCAAAGAAUGGACAAAUCCAGAAUCUACAGAGUGAAAGGAAAAACAAGAAUCAACAUUUUUCUUCACAAAAAUGUGGUCCUAUUUGCAGGCUGAAUUCAUAAGUUGGGUUGUGACAUUUUGCAGGUUUAAUGUAAAGUACUGCUUUUCUCUUCCUAAGACUCCAUCUUUGAUCACUUCUUACUUUCUCAUCAAAGA